UAUUCUAUAUGCCAUACACUCUCUCUCCUUCAUUAUUUCUUUCUCCAUCAAUUUUAAAAGAGCCUUAUCUUCAUUUCAACUUAGAUGUUAAUUUUCCUUAAAAAAAAAAAACUCAUAUGUUAAUUUUUUGCAUAGAAAAAAAGAAAUCAAUAAAUGACACAAUUUUGUAUGUUAAAAAAAAUAAUGUCAUCAAUGACAUGCUCAUACGACAAGUGAUCAGUGGUGUACAAUUGUACAUUAACCAAUUGUAUUUUAUCAAUUGUGGUUCAGUUAAAAAGUGUAAUUAGUUUGAUUCCUUAAGAGUUCUUACUGUUAUUAGUGAUUUUGGUAUGAGUGGUUUAAUUUGGUCAUACUAAUGAGCCAAACUAUUCAUGAGCGGUUCGAUGUUUGACUUGAGAAAAGUUCGUUUGAUUCAGGAAAAGCUCAUCUCUUUUAUUAGCGAGUAGAUCUUGAUCUAAGCUUUGUUCAGCUCGUGAGGCUUGUGAGUCAGCUCGAUUUGGUUUCUUGUUGAGCUCAACUCGUGGACUGUCUCAUUUUGAGCUCAUGAGAUGUCUCAACAUUGUGACUAGCAAGCCAACUCGGCUACCGAUUUAUGAGAAAAUCGAUCCAUAUCUUAUGAGUUGCCUUGUUGACGAUUCAUUGGUUUAUUAAAUUGUAUAUCUCACCUUUUUUUAAGUAAAUAGGUGAGCUCCAAAAAAGAUAUUUCUCCUUUCUACUCCCCGAGUCCCUGAAUCGGAGAAAUCCAGCCUUCAACGCCGGCAGUUUGCCAUCUACGUUGGUUGGAGCAGCCUUCGGUAGAGGCGAAUCGACCUUUUUCCCACACCAACUCAACAUUUUCGUCAGUCCAAUCAUAACACCGUUAAAGAGAUGAACGCGGGAACAAAACUCGAAAGUGAUUAUUUUGUGUAUUUUGAAAGAUUGGACUAUAAUUACAACAAAUAUAAAAGUUGUGGCAUGAUAGUGUAUUUUGUUUUUAAAAUAGGUGAGCUCCAAAAAAGAUAUUUCUCCCUUGCGUUCCAUUGGAGAACCUUUGGUUUAAUUGUCAAAAAAAAAAGAGAACCUUUGGUUUGGCAGACAAAGGAAGAUAAAUGAAUAAAUAAUACAAAGACAGAAAAGAAAAAGAAAUAGGUAGGGGGAAAAUCAGAAAUGACGAUAAAGAAAGGGAAAGGACAAAAGCUGAACGGGGAGACUGGAUCGGGGGUUGAGAGCUGAGAGAGACGGCAUGGAUUUUUAGGGCGGAUUAGGAUAGGAGAAAGGGAGGGGAAGUGGUCCGGUCCUUCUUUUGCUCCUUGAGUUGAAUCGAAAUACAGAGCGAGAGAAAGAAGCACAGCUUUGCGGAGUGAUCGCCGGUCGUCGGCAUCUACCGCCGGCUGCCUGUGUCUCUCCUCUCUUUGGUGGAUUACGGACAGUUCAGCCAUCCUUCCGGCCAGGAAACACCAAUUGAACUCUAUCACCUUCGUCUCUGCCUGAGCUUGCUUGUGCCUGGAGACAACCCCAUCGCUUGCUGCUCGGAAAUUCAAGGUUUUGGCCUUGGUUCUUCAAACCCAGAUUCUAUUUAGUUUGUUUUUAUAUUCUACUGUCCCUGCUUUUAGAUUUCAGAAUGGGUUUGCUUUCUCCCGUCGAAGGAGCACAGCUCGCUGGUAGAGUACUGGGUAUUUGUAAACCCUGUACUAUGUUUUAUUGGAGGCCUCAGAGAUUGCUGGGGCUUGAGCUACCUACAGAUUAGUAUGUUCUUUCAGACAAGUCAUUAAUAGGUCAUCCAGAAUGGGAAACGCAGAGCCGCAGGGGCACAGAUGCUGCAUGGAUCAGCUGUUUGUUUUUGUCAAUUGCUGUGAUGGUUCUUCUACUGGAAUGUUGUUCUACUAAAUGGUCCUUUUAGCCCAGCGGAAGAUGCACUUGGAAGCAACCGCUUUGGUUGCUUUCCCUGUAGCAUGAGGCAAGCAGACUUUAGCUUCCGAGUCGGAGUUGCCAUUGCUUCAGCUCCUUCCUUCUCGCUGAUUUAUGAAUCAUGCUUGAGCUGCUAUGCCAGUAGCCUUUAUCUUCAAUUUUGUAUAACGGCUGGUCCAUGUAAUAUGAAGUUGAACAUCAGGAACUUGCUUUGUUUUAGGGUUAUGGCUAGUCAGGUCCGGGUGCUUGGUCGUUCUGACAUUAAGACAGAUAGACUUAGAGGGGCGAGUCAAAUAAUUGUGUGCAAGACUGAUAUUCAACUGUGCACACAAUUAUAGGCGAGUAAAAUAAUUGUGUGCAAGACUGAUAUUGAAAUUUAUACAUUAUCUUUGUUUCUUACUAGGUACAUCCAAUGAUUCUAACAAAGCAAUACCGAUGUAUACACUCGUCAAGCUGUCAAUGCACAAAAGGGCAUCUAAGUGAAGACGUUAUAUUUUUAGUCUUUCAACAGCUGAACUGGAACCCCAAGUUGAUAGCUGCUCUAUCAUGUUCGUGCAAGUGGUUUGAUGAUCUUGCCAAGCGAGUAUUGUGGAAAGAGUUCUGCAAGACAAGGGCUCCAAAGAUGAUGGUUGAUCUACAAUCAAGUGGAAGUCACAGUGUUGAUGGAAACUGGAGGGCACUUGGGAAGUUGCUCAUCUACUGUUCAGGAUGUACCAGGGGUGGUCUAUUCAAUAACAUUCAGAUACCUGGCCAUUUUGUUUACAGGACUCGCUUUUCUAGAACUUCGGGGAAAUCCUUUCUUCUGCCUCAAUGUAGAACUGAUGUUCUAUAUGUUUCGGACCCAUGUGAGCAUCUAGACCAAGGGGAUGAAGGGGACAUAGGGUUUUUUAGAGGGAUUUUCAAGUCAUUCUCAAUGUCAAGAGUCAGGAAGAUGCUGAUACAAAAAAGGGCCCCACUGCACCCUACACACGUGUGUCCAUAUUGUAAGGCGAAGCUUUGGAACAUGCUUCAAGCAAAGAUGGUACCAACAAGUGCAAGCUGCAGAUUGGGUUCCUAUGAUGAUUGCAUUGAGUAUUAUGUUUGCCUUAAUGGUCAUAUGUUGGGAAUAUGUACCCUCUUACCCUUGUCAGAGUCUGAAGAGGUAUCCGAGAUCGAGUGAUAGUUAGAUUGGAACCCAGGUAAUCUUCCUUUCCUUUACUAAAAACCUCAUUUUUUCUUGAAUCAUAUUGAGCUAAUACUUUAAGGUCAUUCUUCAUUAUUAAAUGUUUUCUCUCCCAUUUGCAAUGAAUACUAAUAUAAACAAUGAAGGGCGAUUUGCUGAUGUGUCUAGGUUGCUGUCAUAUUCUCUGUAAAACAUAGAGCUGCUUGAAUUCUAUGAAAGAGUGGAAAUUUAGGGGUUUUCAUGGAUUGCCAGUGAUAAGCUUGGCACCACCACCUAAAGUUGAUUUAAGUUUUAGAAAUCACAAGGAAUAGUUCUUCCAAAAGCUCUGAAAAUCCAUACUGAGAUCUGAUAUGCGAAUGCUGUACAACUAACCUCCUUAUACAAGAGUUACAAGGAAGCUUAAUGGGUGAAGAAACUAAUUCUAUAAUAAUUCCUAACUAAGUAUAACUUUUCCUAGAAGAUCAGGAAUAGAAAGGAAAAAAAAUAUAAAGCAGAAUGUAUGCUAAUCACUGUGUGUCUGUAUCCUGAAAUUCUUUUGAGUUAAAAGCUUUUACAGGGCUGGUAUCCAAAGAAACCGAGACUGCUGGCUCUUGGAAGCUCACUAAUCUUUAGGAUUUUUUUACUUUUUGUUUCUCGAAUUGCAUGUUGUCCAAAUGGCUUGAGCCCUGAGGUGGGAAUCAAUGUAUCUCUUUUUAUUGCUAUUGCAUCAUCAAAAGUAUGGGCAGUAACGCCUAUAAAAUGGCUUGAGGUGGGAGACAAUGUUAUCAUACAUCAUAGACUACAUGUAUUUUAACAAUGCAUGCAUCACCAAACGUAUGUAUUCGUGAAAGCUUUGGGGAUUUACCAAAGAUUUCCUAAGUACAUGAAGUCAUAUAUUCUGCAAAUAGAUACAUGAGUCCUGAAAUGCAAGAUUUUCCUGAAAUAAUAGGAAUGACUUGUAACUUGACAUUUUAUAUAUAAUGUUUCUUCUGUGCAGCAUGGAUGGCGAUUCACUGAAUGGAGACAAAUGACAAUGGACAUGAAUCCAAAAUGAUAUGCUUUCUCUAUCUGCAACUGCUGUUGUAAAGCUUGCUCCGCUGCUGCUGCUGCUGCUCUUGCAUCUCGCCUGAAAGUUUGAAGCGUUUGCCUUUUAUAGGCGUUACUGACCAUCCUUGUUUGUUGUGGUAGUAUUACUUACAAGUGAUGUUGUAAGUUGUCUGUACACAUCAUAUUGUUAGAAUUGCAGAUAAGUGUAUCUGCAACGAUUCAUCCAAAACUGCGUGUGAUUAAAUCGGUCUGUAUUAA